AUGCCGACUGUGGGAAUCAAAAAAGUCAUUCUCGACAAACAUUUCAACCGUGUUUAUUGUAAGAAACUCCGGAAACGAUGGGAAUUGCGUAAUUUUUUGGUUUUCAGCGGAAAAGGAGUUCGAUGAGCUUUGUUUUGAGUACGGACUCGAGCUCGACGAAAUUGUGAGUUUUAGUUUGAUCAAGUUUCAAUUGAAAUCGAUUUUCAGACGUCCGAAAAAGCUGCCGUCGAAAAGGAGCGUGGAGCCGGAGCUUCCGGCGAUUUGAACGACCAGGAAGUGUACAAAAUCGACAUUCCGGCAAACCGAUACGAUUUGCUGAGUGUUGAAGGACUCGCUCGAGCCAUUCGUAUUUUCAAGCAAGAGUUAGUUCAAUUCUUUUCUUACCAGUAUUUAGAAUUAUGCGCUUUCAGAGUUCCGGCUCCAGAGUACAAGUUCGCUGAGGUUCCGAAAGGAGGACUCCAGAAAAUCAUCGUGAAAAAAGAGACCGCGGCCGUUCGUCCGUUCGUCGUGGGAGCUGUUCUGAGAGAUAUCUCUUUCGACGCAGACAGCUACGCUUCCUUUAUCGAUCUGCAAGACAAGCUGCACCAAAACAUCUGCCGCAAGCGCACUCUUGUAGCUAUCGGAACGCACGACUUGGACACCAUUCAGGGACCGUUGAGUACCGCGCCGAAGCUCCGAAGGACAUCAAGUUCAAGCCGUUGAACCAGACGAAGGAAUACACGGCCGAAGAACUGAUGACUUUGUAUUCGUCGGACAGUCAUCUGAAGGCGUACCUUCCAAUCAUUCAGAAUCAUCCACGUUAUCCAGUCAUUUACGAUAAGAACGGAGUGGUCUGUUCAAUGCCACCAAUCAUCAACGGAGAGCACUCGAAGAUCACUUUGAAAACGAAGAACGUCUUCAUUGAAGCUACUGCAACUGACAAGCAGAAGGCCUUCGUCGUUCUUGACACCAUUGUCGCUCUUUUCUCGCAGUACUGUGCUAAGCCGUUCACUGUGGAGCAAGUUGAAGUGAUUUAUGAAGAGACUGGAGUCAAAGAGGUUUACCCUCUGCUUUCCUACCGCGAAAUGACUGUCACCACGCCGGAAAUCAACACGAAGAUUGGGCUGAGCCUCCAAGAUUCCGAGAUGGCUACUCUGCUGAACAAGAUGUCUCUGAAGGCUGAAGUGGUAGCUAAGGAGACUAUGAAGAUCGUCGUUCCGCCUACCAGACACGACAUUCUGCACGCUUGUGACAUUGCUGAAGAUGUCGGAGUCGCCUUUGGAUACAACAAUCUGGUUCUCAGACUUCCGGAGGUAUACUUGAAAUCAACUGAAACAAUAUUUAAACAUUUGAACGCUAUAUUUUCAGUCGAACACCGUCGCUGUCGCCUUCCCGAUAAACAAACUGUGCGACAAUCUGAGAAUUGAGAUUGCUGCUGCCGGAUGGACUGAAGCUCUCAACUUUGCUCUCUGCAGUCGCGAUGACAUUUCUUCCAAACUCCGUCAAUCUGAGGCCUUGAACCAGGCCGUGCACAUCGGAAACCCGAAGACUCUGGAGUUCCAGGUCGCCAGAACGUCUCUUCUUCCUGGUCUUCUGAAGACGUUGGCUUCCAACCGCGACAUGCCGUUACCAUUGAAACUGUUCGAGCUGCAGGAUGUGAUCGUGAAGGAUCCGAGCACAGACGUCGGAGCGAGAAACGAGAGGAGGCUGGCUUCCGUCUUCUACAACAAAUCUGCCGGAUUCGAAGUCAUUCAAGGUUUUCUAGACAGAAUAAUGAGAAUGCUAAAUGUGAACCCAGCGAAGGACGGAACUGGCUAUUACAUUGAGGCAGAUGAGAGUAAGGAAACAUUGUGGAUUGAGUCAAUGAUAUGCUCUCUCUCUUUCAGAUCCAACGUAUUUCCCAGGACGAUGUGCGAAGAUCGUCGGUCCAAAAGGAGUGCUCCUCGGACAUAUCGGUUUGUUAUCCCUUUUUCUCCUCCCUUUAUGCUCCGUUUUUCAGGUGCUCUGCAUCCGGAAGUCAUCACCUCGUUCGGGCUCACUUUGCCAUGCGCUGCCGUGGAAUUCAACGUGGAACCGUUCCUCUAA